AAAUUGAGAUGCCAGGGGAGGUGAAGGCAGAUCCUGCAGCUCUGAUGGCAUCUCUGCAUCUGCUGCCUUCUCCCACUCUCAACCUUGAAAUCAAAUACACCAAGAUUUUCAUCAAUAAUGAGUGGCAAAAUUCUGAAAGUGGGAGAAUAUUCCCAGUAUAUAAUCCAGCAACAGGAGAGCAGAUCUGUGAGAUCCAGGAAGCUGACAAGGUUGAUACAGACAAAGCAGUGAGAGCAGCUCGCCUUGCUUUUUCUCUAGGUUCAGUUUGGAGGAGAAUGGAUGCAUCGGAAAGAGGCCAUCUUUUGGAUAAGCUAGCAGACUUGGUCGAAAGAGACAGGACGAUUCUUGCUACUAUGGAAUCACUGAACAGUGGCAAACCAUUCUUGCAAGCUUUCUAUGUAGAUCUUCAGGGAGUCAUAAAAACCCUGAGGUAUUAUGCUGGCUGGGCAGACAAAAUCCAUGGAAUGACCAUUCCUGUAGAUGGAGAUUAUUUUACAUUUACAAGACACGAACCCAUCGGAGUGUGUGGACAGAUCAUCCCUUGGAACUUCCCCCUGCUGAUGUUUGCAUGGAAGAUUGCUCCAGCUCUGUGCUGUGGCAAUACAGUAGUUAUUAAACCAGCAGAACAAACACCACUCAGCGCUCUCUAUAUGGGAGCCCUCAUCAAGGAGGCUGGCUUUCCACCAGGAGUUGUCAAUAUUUUGCCAGGAUUUGGUCCAAUUGUUGGUGCAGCCAUAGCAUCUCAUGCUGGCAUUGAUAAAAUUGCUUUUACUGGAUCCACUGAGGUUGGGAAGCUGAUCCAAGAAGCAGCUGGAAGGAGUAAUUUGAAGAGAGUUACACUGGAGCUGGGUGGGAAAAGCCCAAACAUUAUUUUUGCAGAUGCUGAUUUGGACUAUGCUGUGGAACAAGCUCACCAAGGGGUCUUCUUCAAUCAAGGUCAAUGCUGCACUGCAGGCUCACGGAUUUAUGUGGAAGAAUCAAUCUAUGAAGAGUUUGUUAGAAGAAGCGUAGAACGUGCAAAGAGGAGAGUUGUGGGGAGUCCUUUUGACCCAACUACGGAACAAGGUCCACAGAUUGAUAAAAAACAAUACAACAAGAUCUUGGAACUGAUUCAAAGUGGCAUUACUGAAGGAGCAAAACUUGAAUGUGGGGGUAAAGGGCUAGGAAGAAAGGGCUUCUUCAUUGAACCUACGGUGUUUUCCAAUGUAACAGAUGACAUGCGGAUUGCCAAGGAGGAGAUUUUUGGUCCUGUUCAAGAAAUACUGAGAUUUAAAACCAUGGAUGAAGUUAUAGAGAGAGCCAACAAUUCUGAUUUUGGGCUGGUGGCUGCUGUCUUUACAAAUGACAUAAACAAGGCCCUGACAGUCUCUUCAGCAAUGCAGGCUGGGACAGUCUGGAUUAAUUGCUACAACGCCUUAAAUGCCCAAAGUCCUUUUGGAGGAUUCAAAAUGUCUGGCAAUGGGAGAGAGAUGGGUGAAUGUGGAUUGAGAGAAUAUUCUGAAGUUAAAACUGUGACAAUAAAGAUCCCUCAGAAGAACUCCUAAAACAAUAAAGGACCACGUUGUGCAGAAGAGCACGUAAUGCCACCCUCUCUAUUCCUUAUGGAGACCAGCACUCAGGAAUAAAAAGUGUUACACAAUAUAUAUUUAAGAAAAUAAAUUGCAACAUAUAUACUGGGCACAUAACUCUGUACAUAAUGCAAACCAACUCUGCAUGUUUCAUAAAACCCUCCUAAGAAUCGUUACAUCUUUAUAAAACAAAUUGUAACGAGAUAAAAUUGCUAUUGGGCAUCAUUUAGUAACGGUUCUAGAUAUAAAACUGUUAAAUGCAAAUGCAUGCACACACACACCUUUAUCUCUUCUUUAAAUAAACAAAGUAAGUCCUACUGCUUUCAGGUUGCCUUCUCAAACAGACCUGCCUUGUACUGACAUUCUAGUUCCAAUCAGGGCUUUACAAGCCAGAUUUUACCCAAAAUGCUAGCAAUGAACAACAUAAGUAUCAUUGAUGUUCUUAAAAAAUAAAACACUCUGAACAGUAACAAGUCAAAAACUUGUAUAUUGGGAAUGUUCCAGUUAGCAUGCUCACAUAAAGAGGUCAAACUGGGGAGGGAAUCAAAUCAUUUUAUGGACAACAAAAUCCAAAUACUUAUCAGUGAGAUUUGGCUUUCAUGACCCACAGUGAUUUGGUUUUCAAAGCUUAUUUUCAUAAUUACUUUAUGUCUUGCUAUAAGCAAAAAUCCUCCCUCACUUACAGGAACUUGAAAGGUUUUACCUGCCUGCCAAAAAAGCAUGGCCAGAUGGGGUGGGAGGGUGUGAAGGAGAACAGGAACAGAUUCCCAGGCUUCACAGAAUAUUUCAGCUUUCACUGCUUGUCUAGUUUUUUUGUUAUUGUUGCUGUUGUUGUUUUCACUUUUUCUCUUUUUUUAAACAAGUGUAUGCACACGCAGACUCCAUUUAUUUGUCUGCUAUUAAACUGCCUGUGAUUACACUAGGAAUUCUUAAGUAUUCAUUACAGCUGGAAGAACUCAGCAAAAGCUCACCUGACAAAAAGUAAGCUUCACUUUAUUUUCUUACUACAUCAUGGCUUGCCAUCCUCAUCAUGCCUGUGAGCCUCAGGUGAGCUUACUGCCUGGUACUGACUUUUCAAUUAUGUCUGUUCUUUUUUUGGCCCAGGACAAAAAUAUAAGCAAGUUCUUUCAGAAGUGUUUAAAACUUGUCACAUUAUUACCUGCUGCCUCCAGAAUCUCUUCUAACUUGUAACUAACAGACUAAACACCAUCUCUUUCUUCUUUCCAGCUGCAGAGCUCAUUGAUUCCCCAGACUUUUUUAAAGAGGUUUCAUUUUAUGUUUUAACUUAGAAUUAGGAAAAUUUAUUUUAAAGUUACAGUAAAUCACCUACACUGUGUAGCUACAUUAUCUCUGGUGUAAGGACAGGAUUAUGGCCUCAGGUGUAACAGUUUUCCUAGCUGCAGAGUCUAUACUAUGAACUGUUGAAAACUCCAGACCUGAUCAGCAAAUCAUUUCUGCCCGUUCUUAACUUCCUUCACUCUCUGAGAAAUUCCUCUUAGAUUUGAAGUUGUAUGUGUCCUUAAACAUACUGCUGGAUCAGGACAAGAGUAUCCAGCACUUUGUAGUGCGGUGGCCCUCAAUAUUUUGUAUUUCUAACUCAUGUCAAACUGUGUAUGUGUUUUUAAAGCAGUAUGUAUACAUGAUGUUAUUCAGAAAUGACAGUACAUUCACAGACAUGGAGAUGAAUCAAAAUAUUCCUGAGUUGUUAAAUGCAAAUGCCAUAUACUUCUACUGUAGUGUAUGUCAGAGUGAAGAAAAAC